GCACCCGAAAGACGCCCCCGGGAGCAGCAGAGGUUGCACCGGGAGCAGCAGAGGUUGCACCGGGAGCAGCAGAGGUUGCACCAGCAGCUGCAGAAGCUGCAGCGGCGGGAGCGGGAAGCGCCGAGCCCGCCCCGGCACCCGGCCGCUCACCUCCCCGGGCCGGCCGAGGGGAGCGUGGAAAGAAGCUCGAGUGGGAGGGAAAACCACAAAUAAAUAGCGGCGGCCGCGGCGCGUCAUCUGGCGGAGGAGGAAGUGCAGGCGAAGUCCGGUGGGGCUGGGGAGCUCGGGCGGCCGUCCCGAGGACUUUGACAUGGGCUGGGGGAAGCAGCAGCAGCAGCAGCAGAACAGGACCAGCAGCAGCAGGACCAGCAGCAGCAGGACCAGCAGCAGGACCAGAACCUGAGCGGAGACAGAGACCGGAGGGCAUGGCAGCAUCCAGCAACUCCAGCUUGUCUGGCUCCUCGGUUUCCUCCGAUGCAGAAGAAUACCAGCCUCCAAUAUGGAAAUCCUACUUGUAUCAGUUGCAGCAGGAGGCACCCCGCCCCAAGAGGAUCAUCUGUCCACAGGAGGUGGAGAACCGGCCAAAAUAUUAUGGAAGAGAAUUCCAUGGGAUAAUCUCACGGGAGCAAGCUGAUAACCUGCUUGCAGGUGUGGAAGGAGCUUAUAUUCUCAGAGAAAGCCAGCGGCAGCCAGGCUGCUACACCUUAGCUCUAAGAUUUGGAAAUCAGACUUUAAAUUAUAGGCUCUUCUACGAUGGGAAACAUUUUGUCGGGGAGAAGAGAUUUGAAUCGAUCCAUGAUUUGGUAACAGAUGGCUUGAUAACGCUGUAUAUAGAAACCAAAGCUUCUGAAUACAUUUCAAAAAUGACAACCAACCCCAUCUAUGAACACAUUGGCUAUGCCACGUUGCUUAGAGAAAAAGUGUCGAAAAGGCUGAGCCGGACAAAGAAUGAAUCAAGGAAAACAAGUGUAACAAGUGAGGAACACGCCACUAUGGAGAAGAUCACCUCCCUGGUCAGAAGAGCAGCUCUAACGCAAAACGACAACCACUUCAAUUAUGAAAAAACACAUAACUUUAAGGUCCACACAUUUCGAGGACCACAUUGGUGUGAAUAUUGUGCCAACUUCAUGUGGGGCCUCAUCGCUCAGGGAGUUAGGUGCUCAGACUGUGGAUUGAAUGUACACAAGCAAUGUUCCAAGCACGUGCCCAAUGACUGUCAACCUGAUCUGAAGAGGAUCAAGAAGGUGUUCUGCUGUGACCUCACAACCCUAGUGAAGGCCCACAACACACAGAGACCCAUGGUUGUAGACAUAUGUAUCCGAGAAAUUGAAGCAAGAGGUCUGAAGUCAGAGGGCCUUUACAGAGUCUCGGGGUUCACUGAACACAUUGAAGAUGUUAAAAUGGCUUUCGACCGAGAUGGUGAAAAGGCUGACAUAUCUGCCAGCAUAUAUCCAGACAUAAAUAUUAUCACUGGAGCACUUAAAUUAUAUUUCAGAGAUUUACCAAUUCCUGUCAUCACAUAUGAUACUUAUUCCAAGUUUAUAGAUGCAGCAAAAAUUUCUAAUCCAGAUGAACGAUUGGAGGCAGUUCAUGAAGUCUUAAUGUUACUGCCUCCAGCACAUUAUGAGACACUCAGAUACUUAAUGAUUCAUCUCAAAAAGGUCACCUUGAAUGAAAAAGAGAAUUUCAUGAAUGCUGAAAACCUCGGAAUCGUAUUUGGGCCCACCUUAAUGCGGCCCCCCGAGGACAGCACCUUGGCCACCCUCAACGACAUGAGGCACCAGAAGCUGAUCGUGCAGAUUUUAAUAGAAAACGAAGAUGUUUUGUUUUAAGCCAACGGGGAAAGGAACUCCCUGGCCUUUGUCUAUUUUGAGCCAGUCAGGCUAAAAGAAUUAAAACGUUUUACCCUUCCCCCACCCCACCUAAACAAAUGACAAAAGUUCCCUGCUUUGGUGGAAUGCCAGAAGGUAUGCGAAAACCUAUGUCUCAUAGACAUAUGUCUCUCUGUUAGAAAGAACAAGGGUGAGGAAAAGAAACCUCUUUGUCUUUUCUCUCUUGCUUUGUAUGUAUAUUUGUUUUAAGGAAGAGCAGUUCAUAAAUGAGUGUAUCUUUAACUUAUUAAAAUGCAGAAUUUUUAAUGUUAGUGCUGUCAGAAAUAAAGGGAACGUAAUCGGUAGAGUUGCUUGUAUAGUUACACAUUUUUCCACCUACGGAGGCAUAAUUCUAUAUGUCAAAUGUUAAACAGAACCUAUAUUAUAAAAAUUAUUUUUACUUUGGCUUCAAAAGUGGUAUUUUAUUUUAGCAAAAUAGAACUCAAUGCAGUGCAUUGAUUAUUGUCUUAUCUACGGAUUCCUGCAUUAUUGCUGUGAUAUCUUGAAAAUUUUACCACUAAUGCAGUAUUAUCUUGUCAUACCUCUGUCAUUACCAGUGCUGUCAAAGGAGAUUUCACUUGUGUGUUUGAGCUUUCUAUUCAAUUUGCUUAUUAAGCCCUGGCAUUCUGAUUGUACAGUACUGUAUAUGCUUAAAACAGUUUCAAGUGAUCUGAAAUAGCCACUUAUUUUCUUUCCAUAAAGAUGUUGUGAAUUUCCAGAGUUCUAGUCUUAGAAUUGUCUUCUCAUACCAUAUGGUCCUUAGAAUAUGGCAAUUUGUAAGUAAAAUAGGACUGGGGCACUGUCUGUUUCUGGCUGUGUUCAAAGUUAGCACUUUUCCCACUCCUCUUUUGGUUGCCUGAAUUUUAUAAAAGGCAAGUUAUGUUUUGUUACCUUUCUGUAUUUAUGAAACAGUAUACAGAAAGCCCUGAUAUUUUUGUCACAUGUGUUAUUUUUCAUAAAUAAGUUUGAAUGUGUUAAAAAAGUUGGUAAAUUCAAUUCUCACCAACUCUUGGUUCCCCCACCCCAAAAAAUUAAUCUGCAGUGUUUAUAAUUUAAAAAUUUGACUCUCACUUGUUCCUGUCCAUGAUCCUGUCCAUGCCAAAACUGCAAGAGGGUGAAACACAAUAUGGCAGAAUAUUUAAAAGCCAGAAAAUAGAUUGCCAUUUUUUUAAAUCCCCAAAUUUUCCUCUUACUUCAUGAAUCAUAUGACCAGCCCCUCACUGAUCCUGUUCUUUGAAUGAUUUCAAAGAAAAGAGUCUACUGUGGGAAAUGAAAUGAAAAAGUGAGUCAACUGAAGCUGAAAGGGUAACCUGUUCGUUUCUUGUUUCAUCAAAGCCACAAGGGCUAUGCCAACUGGCCCAGUUUGCACAGCAGGUGUCAAAAUGGAUCUCACUUGUUCCUACUGUUACAGAUCCACUUAAAUGUACAGAUAUAUUUGUUGUAGGUCAUGUAUUUCUUGAUAAUGUCAUAAAAACUAUCUGAAAAUGGUUUUAUUUUGUGAAGUGAAUGAUGCUUUGUAAUUUAUAAUAGUAUACAUGGAAGGAAAAAGUAUUAAAUGUGUAAACAGCUCUUGUGUCAUUUGGUGAUCAACAAAUGUCAUUUUCUUGGAACAUUUCAAAAGAGAUAUUUUGACAUAUCCCCCUGAAAACAAGACAUCAUAUACUUAAAUCUCUCAACAUGUUCUACUUAGGAUUCUGUGCCUGAAAAUAAAAUCUAAAACCUUAACUUUUCAUCCCAUUAAUUAAGCUUCAGUUUUUUUAAUUCCCUUCAGAGUCUAUAUCACUGCCACCUUUAUUCCUUUCUUUACACUCACCAGUGAUAGUAUGUGGCAGUUAUUUUAGUAAUUUGUAAAAGUUUUACCUUCUGAGGUGCUGGUUACAACUUUUAGUUUUAGAAAAAUAAAUUGGAAAUAGUUUUGCCUAAGGAAGAUUUUGAAUGAAUGAAGGAAUGAAGUCCAGGGAAAUUAAUAGGAGAUUGCAAAAAGUGGUAUUAAAAGAAAGUCUAUUCAAGUGUAUCCUCCUCAAAGACCAGGGUCACAUCUUUUCCUUCUAUUGUAAGUUCUCCCUCAUCCUCUGCACUACUGUGCAUACGGUAUGAGUUCAAUAAAUGCUGUGGUUGAUGAUGAAAAGUUUUGAUGAUUCAACUCAGAAAUAAAGUUAAAAAAAUGUUUAAAGUUACUUGCUGUUCAGGUUCCAGUGGUUUGUCAGCCUGGAAUCCUUCUUGCCUUUAUAAUAUUAAAAGACAACAGGAAAUUGGGAAGUGUUUUGAUUUUAAAAGAUGCAGAAUUUUUUAAUGUUUUACAUCACAAUGCCAUAAGGUAUUUCAGACCAGCAUCUCACCCUUCAAAUGAGAUUUAACUGUUUCAGUUUUGUAACCCAAAACAGGAUUUACAUGAUUAUUGCAAAUAUACUGGAACAUUA